AUGGUGGUCUGUCCGGAUUCGUUGGAGGACUGUUUAAUGUUUAUAUUAGACCUUAUCGUAGUUCCCACAAAAACAAUGAAAUCGAACACAUCAGUAUCGGUUUCGAGGCUUCUGCUCGCGCUCCUACCUCGCGAUGAUGACGAUUGCGGUUGCCCACAUCGUUCCUACGGGGAGGAGUAUGACAGCGGUGAAAUCAAACGAUGGGUUCAUUCCCACAGCUGUGAAUCUGAACAUUGUAUUUUCCAGGUGGAACCAGGAUGCAACUCGAGUCUGAUGCUCUCCCUUGAGUCUAUCACGUUGAACUCUUACGAUUCUCUGAAGCUUUCUCAAUACUUUGUGAUAAACGAGACCGAAAUUGUCUCGCUUCAUUAUGUCGACCUAAGCAGCUCCUACCGACGGUCUAUAUUCACAGCCGGUGUUGGAGUUGGCUUUGAAAUCGAGUACAAGUUCCAGCAAAGGAGAUGGUACGGUUCAUCGUCAUUCACGCUCUCUUUCGAACGAGUUGGACCAGACAUCAAGACCUGCCCAUUUCCAUUACUUUGUUCGUCUGUAGACUUCACAAACGUUCCAGAUAUCGAAAGACUGGGACCAAUACGCUGUCCUUUUCGAAUCCUUCCGUCAGUAUCGGGUCGGAAAAUCCUUUUAAAAUUUCAUGAUAUCCGAGGAACGAUUUUCUAUGAGAAGCAAGAAAAUGGUUAUCUGAGGGCUAUACCAUCCGAGGUUGUUAAGCUGCAUUCCACUUCGGACUACAUAGACUUCGUGCUGGAGAGCUUAUCUCCUCAUCACCUCCCGCGCUACAACAUCACCUUCAAAGAACUCACCGAAGAUCCUUGUCACUGUGAUAAAAGUGACGUGUUUGUGGGCAGUAAACCGGUCUACAUCACAUCACCAGGAUUUCCGGAAAUAUACUGCUCGAACUUCCGCUGCAAGAGGCGUUUCGUUCAUAACGACACUUUGCGCCAUGACUCUGAGCUAACAUUCGUUGUUACUGUGCAUUUCCUUAGUACGGAGAAAUUCGACUACAUUCAGUUUUCCUCGGAUGGAAUCAAUAUGGAGAGGCUGAAUGGCACUCACGAAGAUGUGCGGUUGGUAUUCACUGGAGACAUUAUGGAGACAGAGUUCGUUACAGAUGAGGCGAUAGUACGCCAUGGAUAUAACAUGCUUUUCACUAUUUCGGGAAAACUUGCCAGAAGACAAUGGGAAAUUUCGAAAAAUUCACGACCGGUCACUAUUCUUUACGAGCGCAAUGUGCAAGCAAAUUCAUCAUUACCAUCUGCGAUGACAUCAUUUCUCGUUAGCUGGAUGCCCAGUGAAGGGUGUUCUUGUGACAACGGCUCUAUAAAGACUGCAGUCGUUGGCGAGUGGGAUGUGCUGACGUCGCCCGCGUAUCCCCUGUCAUACUGUAACGACAUGCUGUGCGUCACAAGGAUCGUCGCUCCAGAAGGGCAUCAUGUCGUACUGAAUAUUACCGACUUCUACACGGAACCCUACAAUGAUGUACUCGCGUUAUUUGAUGGAUGGAAUAUCACAGGGAGGCACAUAGAGGUGUUCCAUGGAAAGAAAAGAUUCCCAUAUCUCAUUCGAAACAGCAACGAGACAUUAUCGCUUGUUUUCAAAUCGGACCAUGAAGUCUACUAUCAAGGAUUUCGACUUCUUUUCUCGGCUGAACCCAACGAGGAUAUCCACCUCGAGGCUCAUUCAUCCGUGCAUUUUUCUACCAUAAUCAUCAUCCUACUAUCAAUUAUGCUCGUCGCCACCGUCAUCGUUGCAGUGUUCAGGCGUGUACCCGUGCGAUUCGAAAACCCGCUCUAUGUAGCCUCCGUCAGCUACUCCGAUCGUGCCGAGUAUGUUUCACGAAACCUUAUUCAAGUUUUGGGUCAAGGAAUGGCAGUGACAUAUUUUCUUGAAGGCUCUUCAGCCAUAUCUACAGGCGAAAGAUUCGAAACAAUGUUCGAUAAUAGUCGAGAGAAGCCUACCCCCGUGAAUCGUCGAGAUUGCGAUUGUGGAAUUCAAGUGUACGGUGAAGAGUAUGAGGCCGGUGUCAUCAAACAACGGGAGAGGAUCCAAGAUGUCAAAGUAUGCCCACACCCACUUCUUCUCGCUUCAACUUCUUUCCGUACUGUACCAGCUAUAGAACGACCAGGACCAGUGCGAUGCCCUUUCCGUAUUAUUCCCUCGGUAGCUGGUCGUAAAAUCUACUUAAAGUUCAACAAAAUGUGGGGAACGUCAUUGUUCUUGAACGAGGAGCAGAGUAACCUGAGGCUUAUACAGACUGGGACAUCAGGCCUACAUUCGGCUACGGACAGCAUAGAUUUUGUGCUGGAAAGUCUGGGCCAUCAUGAUCUCCCAAAAUACAACAUCACUUACAAAGAGCUUCUUGAAGACCCCUGUUACUGUGACAACAAAGACAUUGUUGUGGGUGAAGAACCUCUAUACGUUACAUCUCCCGGAUUCCCCGACAUCUACUGCUCCGAUUUCCGUUGUAAAAGACGAUUUCUUCAUAAUGACACAUUACGUGAAGACGCUAGCUUGACUUUUUUGGUCACAGUACAUUUUCUAAGCACGGAAAAGUACGACUACAUUGAGUUUUCUUCAGGUGGAGUCGUACUCGACAGAUUGAAUGGAACCUAUGAAAAUUACCGGAUAAUUAUCACCGAUGACAUCAUGGAAACGGAAUUUGUCACAGAUAAAACGAUAGUACAGCAUGGCUACAACAUGACUGUUCAGUCUGUUCAUAUUCCUACAGAAUGUCGCUGCCCACAUAAAGGCGUAAAAAAGAUGUUGUCGAAAGGGAACAUCAGUAUGGAAAUACCAGUGCACUGCGAGGCGAUCUACUGUAAAUGGAUCAUCCCUCCUACAACUACUCCUCUGAAAUUCGCUGCAUUAUUCAAUUUCACCAGCGAUUACGAUACGCUUACGGUAACUACAGGAGACGAUAUUCAACAAUUUUACACAAUUUCGGAAAAACUCACCAAGAGACAGUGGCAAAUUCCCGAAAAAUCUCCUUCGACAACAAUAUUGUACGAACGAACGGUUCCCGAUGGUCUCAAACCGAACUUGAAGCCUGUUUCGUUUUCAGUGAAGUGGAUGCCUAAAGAUGAAGACUGUUCGUGCACGAAUGGAUCAGAAAAGGAGGCAGCAGUUGGCGAAUGGAAAGAGCUGACAUCCCCAGUUUAUCCGCUAUCAUAUUGUAACGACAUGCAUUGCACUACGGUAAUCAGAGCUCCAGCACGACACCGGGUAGUUCUGAAUAUCACCGACUUUUAUACAGAGCCGUACAACGACGUCUUGCUGAUAUAUGACGGAAGUAAUCCCAGUGGUCAAUAUAUGAAAAUGUUUUCUGGGAAGAGACAGUUUCCCAACCUGAUUCGAAGCACAAACGAAACCCUUUCGCUGGUCUUCAAAUCGGAUCAUGACAUUUCGUACUAUGGUUAUCGCCUAAUUUAUUCUGCUGAAUUCAAUGAGGAACUGGAAGAGAUGAGACAAACAACUCACUUUACCGCCUUCCUAUUCGUGCUGUUAUCUUUGAUACUCAUUACCGCCAUCGUUGUUGCUAUUUAUAAAGGAUUCCCUGGACGAUUUCAUCGUCUACUCUAUGUACAUUACGUGAGCCAAACGGAUACGGUGGAGUAA